CGGUAGAAUAUAAUGAUUAACAACAUAUGGUAUGAUAAAACGGCCCUUGUUGUUAGGGUUUUAGGGUUUUAGAGCUUUAACUUAGAAAUCAAAGCUUGCUAUCUAUGGCGACAUCGAAUUCAUUGGCAGCCAUUUCCAGAACACUUUGUCGAACUCUCUUAUCCAAUCAAAAACCUCUUUGUUAUCAUCAACGAACUACCAAUUUUUUCUUCUCCAAUGGACCUUCAACUACCGAAUACAGUUCCGACUCAUCCCCAAACGAGUUUCGCGCUCUCAACUCGGACACUGAAACCAGUGAGUCACCCCCUACUCGUUUAGGUUCUUUCACCUCCGAUUCUUCUUCAACUUAUUCAGAAUCAACUACGCAGCGUUCUGCCUCUCAUCUGGUCUUUGAAGAAGGAUUAGACAUCGGCAUUUACAAGGCAAUACUGGUUGGACAAGUCGGGCAGACACCUUUACAGAAGAGACUGAAAAAUGGGAAAUCGAUGACACUUACUACUAUUGGGACAGGAGGGAUAAGGAAUGAACGAAUUCCAUUUCCUAAUGAAGAACCAAGGGAAUAUGCUGAUCGCUGUAACGUCCAAUGGCAUCGUGUUGCAAUCUAUGUUGAAAAAUUGGGUGAUCUAUUGGUAAAACAUGCUCAACCUGGUUCAAUUCUUUACCUGGAAGGAAAUCUGGAGACAAAAGUCUUUACUGAUCAAGUAACUGGUCUUGUCAAACGUGUGAGGGAAAUUGCGAUUCGGAGAAAUGGCCGUAUCGUCUUUCUUGGAAAUGGUGGCGACUUCAGUCUGCCAUCUGUAAAUGAGCUGAAAGGUGUUGGGUAUUUCUGAGUGAGAAAUUAUCAGUGAUCACACUUUCUUUUAAGAUGAUUUCCAAGGAUGUGGAGCUAGAAAGACUUACUGUUCAGGUUUUCAAGUGUCCAUAAUGCUAGUCUGAAAUGUUGUAUACAAUCUUCUGAUAAACUGAAUUAUGUGCUCUCUUUUCUCAAUUCAUGUAUUAGGAAUACACAAAUUUGGAUGCCCA